AUGCCGGCCAGGGUCGUUGCGCGCCAGACUUUGCGGAAGACAACCACUCGUGCUGCAUCUUCGUCCUCUCCAUCUACCGAAGCUACGAGCUCCCCAUUUUACACUACUCUUACAGCAAGUGCAGCCACUGUUGUGGCUAUUGGAUCAGUUGCAUGGUACUAUCACUUAUAUGGCCGAGAGGCAUUUGCUAUGACACCACAAGAAGAAGGACUACAUCCAACUCAGUAUCCCUGGGAACACUAUCGAUGGGUCAAAACCUUUGACCAUCAAGCUUUACGUCGAGGCUUUCAAGUCUAUCGCGAGGUCUGCUCGUCUUGUCACUCUCUGAAGCGAAUUCCAUAUCGGUCGCUCGUCGGUACAAUUGCGACCGUUGACGAGAUGAAAGCUUUGGCCGAAGAGAACGAAUACGAUACGGAGCCGAAUGACGAGGGUGAAAUUGAGAAGCGACCUGGAAAACUUUCUGACUAUAUUCCGUCGCCUUACAAGAACGAUGAAGCAGCUCGCGCCGCCAACAAUGGUGCUCUCCCGCCUGACUUGUCACUCAUGGUCAAAGCCAGACACGGUGGAUGCAAUUACAUCUUCAGUCUGCUGACGGGUUAUCCCGAAGAACCGCCUGCUGGCGCCACUGUCCAAAGUGGCUUGAACUUCAACCCUUACUUCCCAGGAACCGGCAUUGCUAUGGCUCGCGUACUUUACGAUGGGCUUGUCGAAUACGAAGAUGGUACCCCUGCGACUGCCAGUCAGAUGGCGAAGGAUGUUGUGGAAUUCCUAAACUGGGCCGCUGAGCCGGAAAUGGACAACAGGAAGAAGAUGGGCAUGAAAGUACUGACAAUUGGUGCCCUGCUCUUCGCCCUUAGUGUGUGGGUGAAGAGGUACAAGUGGAGUACCGUGAAGACAAGGCAGAUUGUGUACAAUCCUCCGGUUGGACCAAAGCGAUGA